GGUGAGGAGGGGGCGGUGAAAAUCACGGUCACCCCGAACUUCGAAAAUUCAAAUUCGAAUUUUCUCGGAUGCAGGAUGGCGGGGCGGAGGACAGCCAGGCGACGCGUGUGACAUACAAGCGACAGCGCUGGCGAACCGUUCGGCGUGGGUAUCCGUCUUCCAAGUCCACGCAAGUUGUGACCAGCGGGCGCACCUCCCUGCAAGGUGCAUCUUCACCUCCACCAUGUGUGCUGUCCUGUGGAAGCGUAGAGCAGCGGGCGCGUCUUCGGCUCCAGCGUACGGCCUCUCCUGUGGCAGCGUACAGCGGCGGGCGCUUCUUCGGCUCUGGCGUGCGUGGAUUUGGAUCUGCUGGAGGGUUGAGCAGCGGGCGUGUCUUCGGCGACUGUGGCAGGCGUCACGCUGUGGAGGCGGAGCGAUUCUCAGAGAUGGAUGUUCGUGGCUGCGGGCAAGGUCUAUGCAAAGAAGAGAUCAACGCGGUGGCGAUGGCGGUGACUGCCGUCGUCGUCAACACGAUGAGUGGCAUGUCGUCGUCCUCACGCGAUAUGCUGACGCAGCUCCGUAAAAGAAGAGCGUUGUUGCAGAGCAUUGCGGAAGCGUCGGAUUGCGUGGCCACGUGUGAGGCAGUCGUUCAGUUGUGUGUCGCGCUGUCGUCUCGCGUUUUCCCACAGCAGACCCCGCGUUGGUGGAUUAGACGACGGAUUGGCGGAACAUGGGAGGACCUCCGCCUGUGCGAUGACGCAACGGACGAGUACUACCACCAGAAGUUGCGCAUGUCGAUGGCCAUGUUCAGGCAGAUCGUAGCCGCGUGCGCCACGUGGGCGUUAGGAGAGAUGUACGAGAGCGGCACGUCAGCCCUCGGCAUCGGCAGGGCAACUGGACUGCAGGCCGUCCGCGACGUCACUUUGGCGCUGCUGCAGGCGUACCCCGACGCGAUAAAAUGGCCAGUGGGUUGUAGACGUGCGCAGAUUCUACGCGCUUUUCGUGACAAGGGUUUUUCGAACUGCUUCGGCGCAAUCGAUUGUACACACAUCUACAUUGACAAGCCCGCCGGCGCACCUUUGGAGAACUACUACGACCGCAAACAGAAGUUUUCCAUGCAGGCGCAGGUGGUGGUGGAUUUGGAUAUGCGGAUCCUCAACGUCCACGUCGGAUACCCAGGAAGUGUGCACGACAUUUGUGUCCUGCACAAUUCCCAACUGUGGAGGCGUGCAGAAGCUGGCGAGCUGUUCGACGCACCUCCGGAGAAUCUCCCGCACGGUGUCGUCACGCGAGGGUACCUACUAGGCGACAACGGUUAUCCAGUCGCCUGUCCAUGGAUCGUGCAGCCGUACGGAGGAAUCGACCAAGAUCCUGACGAGGAGCGCUUCGACACGUGGCAGAAGGUGGUGCGGGGGUGUGUGGAGAGGGCAUUCGAGCGACUGAAGUGCAUGUGGCGUCUGUUCCUGCGCACCCACAAGACGAACCUGGACACCUUGCCACAACAAUUUGUGGUCGUGUGCACUCUCCACAACAUCCUCCUCGACGAGGGGAUCGACUUCGAUGAGAACCUUUUGUGGGAGGUGGAUGAGAACGACGUUCGACGUAGAGUAUACUUGGGCAUUGUGGGGAACGGCGCGGGCGGGCGGUGACGGAGCACGAACGUGGAUGGGGACCUGUUGCAAGAUGCACUUCGAGACCGCCUAGCUCUGAUGUAG